AUUUCAAGGUUGUUAUUAUACCGCCAAGAAAUGACUGUUCUGUCUUGUUAAUGGAGUGCAUGCUCUUUUUGUGUCAUGAAACAAAGGGAUCAGUCUGCAAACCGUGCGGACCACUUUCUGAAGAACACCAGAAAAAUUGGACACGGUAUAUUGACAUACUAUUGUCCAACUGGGAGGAUAAGGGCCAAGACACUACAUAUUAUCAUAAAAUAAGAACGCGUCCCUACUGCUGUACUCCAGGCCCGAAUUACUCAUGUCACUCAUAUUUUGUUAAUGAACCUAAGAGGGAGCCUAAACAAUUUUAUGACCUUACGUGUGCCAAAAAUAAUUUCUUUACUCCUAUCACGUGUGGGGGAACUAGUGAUAUUAGAUGUUGUUCCGAGAAGCAUUGCAAUAUCCCCACUUCAGAGGAACUCAUGUUACUUGUUAAAGACAAGCCUUCGGAUCCAUAUCCCGUAGCAGUCGCCCUGUUAACUAUCGUCUGUAUUAUUCUUUGUAUAGUAUCUGGCACCUUUUACUUUCUGUUGAGAAGAAAAUCAAUUCGACAAAAAUCAAUGAUUGCUUCUCAGCACGGAAAUACAUCUGAUCAUUUAUGGACGUCAGGUAGUAUAGAGAACCAUUACUUUAAAGGAUCUGUGCAAGCUUCCGACACUGCAGUGGUAAACAAUGCUUAUCCUGGGAAUAUCAAACUAUACUCCAGCGACCCAUGUGCUGUUUCUGCUGGUAUAAGUAGUCGCGGUACCAGUAGUUUGAGUCAUUUUGGUGGCAACGUCGUAGGAGCUGCCCUCGGAAAUAUCAAUUCUUGUUCCAGCUCACCAACUGGUGCUUUGGCUAUUACUAGUACAUGGUCAAAUUCUGCUAUGCCUACUACCAGUACUAUUCCUGCAGACUUGCUCGAUCAAACGUGUAGUGGAUCAGGUUCAGGAAAGCCGUUACUUGUACAGAGAACAGUCGCUCGUCAGGUUCAGUUAGAGGAACGUAUUGGUGAAGGUCGAUAUGGUGUUGUAUGGCGAGGUGUUUGGCAAGGUGAUCAAGUGGCAGCCAAGAUAUUUUCUAGCAGAGACGAGCGAUCAUGGUUCCGGGAAACGGACAUUUAUCAAACAGUGAUGCUGCGUCAUGCAAACAUUCUGGGUUUUAUUGCAGCGGACAAUAAGGAUACUGGAUUGUCAACUCAGUUAUGGCUUAUAACGGACUAUCAUCCUCUGGGAUCAUUAUACGAAUUUUUACAGCAGCAUUGCCUUCUACCAUCUGCGCUUGUGCGUGCUGUCGCCUCUAUCACUAAUGGCUUAGCACAUUUACAUAUGGAGAUCACUGGGACCCAGGGUAAACCUGCUAUUGCUCAUCGUGAUUUAAAAUCUCGAAAUAUACUAGUUAAAAUGGAUGGUGAAUGUUGUAUUGGAGAUUUAGGUUUUGCACUGAAAUUAGAUUCAACAAUGAAUUCUGCACUGGAAGUUAAUCUACACUCAGAUCGUGUUGGUACAAAACGGUAUAUGGCACCUGAAGUAUUAGAUAAUACAAUACGUUUAACAAGUCCUGAAGCAUUUAAACAAGCUGAUAUGUAUAGUUUAGGCCUAGUGUUUUGGGAAGUUACACGACGAUGUUAUGUGCAUAAUUUAUUUGGACCAGAUGAAUAUCAAUUGCCUUAUCAAGAUCUUGUUUCAGCUGAUCCUUCGGUUGAAGAAAUGAAAUCUAUUGUUUGUGAACAAGGUCUACGUCCAGGUCUACCGGCUAUAUGGUCACAACAUGAAAUUAUUCGAGCAUUACAAGAUAUUAUGAGUGAAUGUUGGUAUGCUAGUCCAUCAGCUAGACUGUCAGCAAUGCGUGUCAAAAAAUCUUUAGCUGCUGUACGCAAACAACUGGAUAAUAAUCCAGCCUUAUUAGAAUUUACACCGAAUUAUCUACCUGCUGAAGCUACAGAUAAACUUCCUCCAGGCAUAAUACGAUGUCCAUCUGUGCCGCGUAAUGGGAAUAACAAUAAUAAUAAUAAUAGUAAUAACAGAACAAAUGGUUUAUUGCCAAAUCUUGCAAAUAAUGGUAUUAUACUUGGCAACAAUGGCAAAGUACCCUUUUUCACAGGCAAUAAUAAUAAUAAUCUCGUCAAUACUAAUGUUUCCAAUAAUACUCUGACUACUACUUGCUGCACCAAUAGUAAUUGUUUAUUGACUUCAACACCACCGACAGUAACCAAUGCUAAUAGUAAUACCAAUAAGAAUUCUCAUUGUGAUAAUGUAUUAUAUUCAAUAGACAUGGGUGGUAGUGAUGAUGACGGUAUCUCUUCUUCUCAUUGGUCAAAUAAUGAAUAUGAUAAGUUAUUAUUAUUCACUACGCAUAAUCCUUCUCUGCAUACAACUACUGUUACUAACACUAAUAAUAAUAAUAGUAAUUGUAAUGAUAAUAAUGAUGAUUUGAGUAGGGAACAAUAUGGUGAAAAUAACCAAAAGCAUUUAUCAACUUCAUCAAUCGAUCCCUCUUCAUUAUUAUGUAAUCAUCAUGAAAAUUAAAACUGCAUAAUGGUGGUGGUCAACUGGAAGGAGAAUAAAUAAUGAAAUGGAAUGCAUGCCAUCAUCGUCAUCUUCUUCUGAUGGUGAUGAUGAUAACAGUUGGACAGUGUAGGCAAAACAAGCGCCUCCUGUGUGAUCAGGUAUCAUUACCAGUGGUACAACAACAACAAUAACAACAGCGAUAAUAACACAAAAAACACGUCAACAACAAAUAUUUUCAUCAUUAUUAGAUGUAUAUUGUACACAACUGUACUAAUUCUUUUACCCUUGCCAAUUUUAAUUAUUAUUAUUAUUUUUCGACUCUUUAGAUUGUUUUAUUUUGUGUGCUUAGCGUGUGUAUAGCGCGCAUAUUAUUUUUAUUGUGCAUUUUAUCCUUCCUGUGUCUGUGUGCUUACGGUGUGUUCUACCUCUGGUGGUAUACACUAAUGGUUUGUUUUACUACUGUAUAUUUUCAUAUACUUUUUACUAUUAUUAUAGUUAUUGCCAUCAUUAUUUUGAGAAGGAAUAUUGUUAUAUCAUCAUGUCAGUUAGCGAAUUUCUGUGUUGAUUGACAUUAUGGAAGUUGUGUACUCUUAUUUAUACCUUGAUGAUAACUGAAACUGGUGAUUUUAAAUUAUCAUUACUAAGAUUUAUACCCAGUGAAUACAUGUAUUAAAGAGUGUGUGUGUGGGUGGGUGGUAUUCAUCCUGUUUAACAGGUAUCACAACAUUAUCUUUUUAUAUAUUGAUCACUAUUAUUAGAGACUGUUGUUUAACUCCUGAUCUCAGUGUAAGUCUACAUCUGCAGAUACAAUGUGUAUGUAUCUCAUGGUGUAGAGUUGAUCCUCAGUUUAUGUAUAGAUACAUACAUUAGUAUUUAUUUAUACCUACUCUGUAUUAUUUAUUAAUUUAUUUUAACUCUUUCUUGGUUGUUUAUUAUUGUUUGUUUUAUUAAGUUUAAUUUUAUUCUUCUCAGUCUCCUCACAUAUAGUUUAUUAUCUCUUUUAUUCGUCUUCUUUUUUCAUUGAGAAAGAAAAGUCUUUCAUUCAUUCAUUGUUUGAAUGAAUGAAUAAAUGAAUCAAUCUGUGCGUUCAAAUGUUGACUUUAUUUUAUUUUAUUUAUUCAUUUUGCCUAUCUUACAUUUCUGGUCAUAUUAUAUAUUAACUAUUCACUUCACCACAAGUAGUAGUAUCCAUCCUGUCAGUUUUAAAAUUUGUUUUCGUUGUUCACAUGUGAGAGUUUUGUGAGUUCACUCUGUUGUAUAGAGAGAGAAGCAAUAUAACCACUAGCUAUCUAACUAUCAUCAUUUAUUUGUCUCUUUUUCGUCUAUAACAAAAAGCAGGAUAUAUAUAAUAUAUAUAACAUUAGGUUACCAUUGUUAUUAUUAUUGUUUGUCAUCGAGAAUAUAUAUAUGUAUAAGUUCAACAUUUCUAUACAACACUAGGUGUCUCAUGUACUCAAUUUCUUUCUUAUGUGAUUGUUUGUUUGAAGCAAAACUUUCAGUUUCAUCAUUAGAAGAUUAAGCACACACUGAAUGGUAUAUAUAUAUAUAUACAUAUAUUAUCCGCCUAGAUACUCAUGUUCUGAUGUUCUUCUGAUCGAUUGUUAUUUUCUCUGUGUGUGUAUACUAGUGAGCGUAAUAUCUGCUUUUCUUUUUGCUCUAUACUCCAUUAUCUCUUCUUCUUCUUCUUAUUAUUAUUAUUAUUUAACUGUUACUUCUUUGAUAUUUUGUUUUCUCUAUCUAUCAAAGUGUGAAUAAGUAGUAUGUGUCACAUCUUAUCGUUGAGAAUAUUGAUGAAAAAUAAUUUGUGUUAUGUAUGGUGUUGUGUGUGUGUGUUUCUGUGUGUCUUGUUUAUUUUUCAACGGUUUGGGGGUGGGGGCGUGGGGAAGAAGGUUUUCGCUUCUUUUUUUCCUAUUUUACUUGAAAUAAAUUUAUUUUUUCUUACGUAUACAUUUUGCUUUUUAAGAACCGUCUUCAUGCGGUUAAGUGAUUUGAUGGUGUGGUUGGUGAGUAAUAUUCAGGUUAGGCGUGGAGUGUGAUAGGUAAGGGGGAGGAGUCAAUCAAUGAGAUUGUGAUGAGUGAAUCGGUUGAAAUGGCUAGGAUAUAUGUUACACAUGCUGAGCCAUCGCCUUCCUCGACGAGUGAUGUUAGCUGACAUAGGAUUAGAGGUGGUCAAACCAAGAUCUGUCAUCAGUCCACGAAGUCUUUGACCGAUGUAAGGAGGUACAGACUGCCUGUUUGGAAUCGUUAGGAAUCUUAGCCAAUAGCUAGUGAUAGGGCUUAAAAUCGUUUACAAUGGCGUAGAUGAAUUUACUUUGCGUAUUUUCCCACAUCCAUUAAAUCCUAAUGUGUUUCCAUGUUACUGUUAUUUCUCCCUCACAAUUCUGCUUAUUUUAUAGUACUUUUGAAUCCCUUUCUUCUCUCUCUCCCUUUGCUUACCUUUGUGUGCUAUAUGGCAACUGGUGCUCUUCUCUGCAAGCAUCUAUCAUUGAAACUCAGUCAGUAUUCGUGCAUUGGUAGUGGGAUACGCUUAAGAGAUAAACUAGUCUCUAAUAUUAGUGUUCACGAGUCGUUCUAAUCAACAUCAAGAGUAUUAUAUCGCCUUCAAGGUAAACACCCUGUGAUCUAAUGGUUUGGACAUAUGAAUCGAAAGUGACUUAUUAUCUGUUAUGUAGGCGGCCUUCAACUUUCUUCUGGUAUAAGUGUGUAUGUGGAAUCCUGUGUAUCAACACUCAGAUCUACUCUAUGCUUAUUCGACUAGUAGGUUAUAACCA